GGGGUCCGCUCUCAGCUGCGGCCGGCGGAGCGCGGCGUGCGGGGGGCGCGGGGCAGCGCCCGGCGGGCGAGCGCGGGGGGCGGCGGCGGCGGCUCCGCGGGGCUCCGCGCGCGCGGAGCAGCAGCAGCAGCACCGCCGUCGGCAGAGGACGAGGAGGAGAACGGAGCUGGGCGCCCGGCUCGCCGCUCUUCCUGCCGGGGGACGUACACACUCGUUCAUGCACGAGCGCUUUUUUAUUUUCCUUUUUUUACGGCGAUUUUUUCAAUUAUUAUUACUUUUGCCUUCUUAUUCUUUUUUUUUUUUUUUUUUUUGCCUUAUCCCGAGGGGUGUCCUUGUCGCUCGGUACCUCGCAACUGCCAAAUCCAACCUGCACAAACUCCUGGCCACCGACCCCGCCGCCACCACGGGUCCUGGAGCCGGGAUUUUCGGGGCUUCGGGGGCGCGCCGCCUCCCCCCUCCCCCGCGGCGGUGCACGCUGGCCGUGCCCAGCGCUGAGAGACUUUCGGCGGCAGGAGUGCCGCUCUCCUGAAACGCCGCGGGCAGGCGGAACGCGCUUGUGAACUGGACCGGCUGCUUCGGGGAGGGGGGAAACCCGAUGUGCUGAGGAAAAAAAGCAGAGCGACACCCCCCUCCAAAAAAAAAAAAAAAACCAGACCAAAAAAGCCCAACACCCCAAGAAAAAAAAAAAAAGCAAACUUGGACGGGCGGCUCGCGGCGCUGCUUUUGCAGAAACUCUUGUCUGACCGCGGGCGGCCCCGCCGCUCCUGCUCCUGCUGCCGCCGCCGCCGCUGCCUCGAGGGGGAGAGGACCGCGCCGCCGGGGACGAGGCGUCGGUGUGGAAGUACAAGUGGUGCGGGGAGCGGGGGCGCGGCCGCGGGGGGCUGCGCCGUCCCGGUGCCGCUGUGAGAAGUUGCGCGCCGUGCCCCGCGCCGGAGCGGCGCUGAGCUCCGGAGCGGCGCUGAGCCCCGGCGAGCCCCCCGCCGCCGCCGCCGCCGCGAUGGUGCAGCAGACCAACACGGCGGAGAACACGGAGGCGCUGCUGGCCGCCGAGACCUCCGACUCCGGGGCCGGCAUCGAGCUGGGCAUCGCCUCCUCACCCACGCCGGGUUCCACCGCCUCCACGGGGGGUAAGGCGGAUGACCCGAGCUGGUGCAAGACACCCAGCGGGCACAUAAAGCGGCCCAUGAAUGCCUUCAUGGUAUGGUCACAGAUCGAACGGCGAAAGAUCAUGGAGCAGUCCCCCGACAUGCACAACGCCGAGAUCUCCAAGCGCCUGGGCAAGCGCUGGAAGCUGCUCAAGGACAGCGACAAGAUCCCCUUCAUCCGGGAGGCGGAGCGGCUGCGCCUCAAGCACAUGGCGGACUAUCCUGACUACAAGUACCGGCCCAGGAAGAAGGUGAAGUCGGGCAACAGCUCCGCCAAGCCCGGCGACAAGGCGGACAAGGGCGGCGGGGGCGGCGCCGGCGGGGGCAGCGCGGGCGGCGGCUCCGGCGGCCCCGCGGCCCCCGCCAAGCCCGCCCCGAAGAAGGGCGGCGGCGGCGGCUCCAAGCCCUCCCCCGCAGGCGGCGGCGGCGCGGGCGCGGGCGGCAAGCCCCACGGCAAGGCGGCGGGGGGCAAGGCCGCCCCGUUCCCCGGGGAGCCUUCGGCCGCGCUGCUGCCGCCCGAGCACCAGGCGCUCUACAAGCCCCGGGGGGCGGCGGGCGCGCCCUCGGGGCCCGGCAAGCCGCUCGCCGAGAAGAAGCUCAAGCGCGUCUACAUCUUCGGGAGCGGCCAGGCGGCGGCUGCCUCCGCCUCCCCCGGCGGCGCCGUGCCCAGCAGCCCCACGCUGAGCAGCUCGGCGGAGGCCGGCGACCCCUUGAGCCUCUACGAGGAGGGGGGCGGCGGCGCGGGCCGGCCCGACGGGGACUGCGGCGGCGUCGCCUGCCCCUCGCCCUCCGGCUCCGGCUCGCCCUCGGAUCACCGCAGCUACACCAGCUUGCGCGCCUCCUCCCCGGCCCCCUCGACGGCGCAUUCCUCCUCCGCGUCCUCCCACUCCUCCUCCUCCUCUUCCUCCUCCGGCUCCUCUUCGUCGGACGACGAGUUUGAGGACGACCUCUUGGACCUGAACCCCAGCCCCGGCUUUGAGAGCAUGUCCCUGGGCAGCUUCAGCUCCUCGGUGCUCGACCGGGACCUGGAUUUUAACUUCGAGCCUGGCUCGGGCUCGCACUUUGAGUUUCCGGACUAUUGCACGCCGGAGGUAAGUGAGAUGAUCUCGGGGGACUGGCUGGAGUCCAGCAUUUCCAACCUGGUCUUCACUUACUGAGGCGAGAGCCGGGCCCUGCUGGAGGAGGCGCCGGCGCGCGUGGCUGUCGGGAGGACUCGCCCACCCCGCCGGGCGCUUUUGUGUCUUUUUCUGUUUUGUUUGGUGUUUGUGUUUUGGGUUUUGUUUGGUUUUUUUUUUUUUUUUUUUUUUUUUUUUUGGGGGAGGGGGGGAGGAAGUGUUUUGCUUGUUUCUGGGAAGGGGGCUGUUGAAAGACUGCUUCUUGAGCUUGGAGAAGGAGCGGGAUCGCCCUCUCCUUGCGGGAAGGCCAGCAGUCCCCUUCCUCCGACUGCAGACGGACCCGCACACACCCCCUCCGAGAGAGGAGCCUGACGGUGCUUUUUGAGAGACUGGCGGGAGCGAGACGCUGUCCUUUUCCCUUUUUUUAUUUCCUGAAAAGAGAGACAGAGAAAGGGGGAGGGAGGGGAAACCACACACACCUCUGGGUUCUUUGUUACUGCCCAUUUUAUACGAAUAAAGAGGAGGGGGAGCGAUGCGUUGUGCUGAGCGCGCACUGGAUGUCUUGAGCAUUCGCCCUUUCCAAUGAAAGAGCGAUCAGAACUGCUUGGGGGAAAAAAAAAAGAACAGAAAAUCCACCCAAAUCCUUUGCAAGGUUAACAUUUGUGGGGGAGAAAUCCUGUCCCGGUUUCUUCUGCGGUGAGAAGAGGCAGCAAUGCUGGGAGGAGGAGGAGGAUGGAGCUGGACUGAUACCCUAGUUAAGCGGAGAAGAGCCAGACUUACACUUGAGAGCUGUCUUGGAAAUACAGUGGGAGUAAAUAAUAAUAAACUGAAAUGGAUUUGCACGUACAGAUAAGGUGGCGGCAGCGUUUUUCUCAGUCACCUCAUGUAAUAUGUAGAGAGAAAAAUAAGGCUGAAACUUCAAGAACACUGAAAACUUCUUUUGAAACAGACCGAAUGGGAACAGUUUCUGUCAUGAUGUGGUACAGGGGAAACUGAGGGCGAUGGCUUUUGCAAAAAAACAAAAAAAAAAAAAAAAAAA